AUGUGUGUGAAUCGAGAAACGCAGAGCAGCAAUAACAACAACAGCAGCGGCAACAACAACAAAGCUACAACGGCAACGUCAACAGCACGCAACAACAACAGCAACAACGGCCGCUGUGAGUGCGACGGAGACGGCAACAGCGUGAGUCAUAUAAGUGAAAUGAAAAUGCGGAUAAAGCGAGAAGCGCCGUGUCUUCUGUUAUUUAUGCCAAUCCAAAAUACGAACAACAACAAUCGCAUUGGUGCCAAUCAAAAGGACUAUCCCAACAAGCGGUCCAGGGAGAAUCUGGCAUGUGACGAGGUGACAUCCACGACGUCAUCUUCCACGGCAAUGAACGGCGGCGGACGGACGCCGGCGCUAACCCGCAGCUGCUCCAGUCCGGCGGUCUACGAUAUAGAAACACAUCCCGCCUCGCCCGUGUUCCCGCAUCUAUUGCUGGGCAAUGGCCGCGAUGCCGACGAUCCCAGCAGCGUGGGCGCUAACUGUGUGCUGAACGUUACCUGCCAAAGUCCCAAUGAGAGCCAUCUGCAGGGUCUCAAGUACAUGCAAAUACCUGCCAGCGAUACGCCCCAUCAGAACAUCAAGCAGUACUUCCAGGAGGCCUACGACUUUAUAGAAGAUGCACGGAAAACGGGUUCCCGAGUGCUGUUGCACUGCCACGCGGGGAUUUCGCGCAGCGCCACCAUCGCCAUCGCCUACGUCAUGCGGUACAAGUCGCUCUCCCUGCUGGAGGCCUACAAACUGGUGAAAGUGGCCCGGCCGAUCAUCUCGCCGAAUCUGAACUUCAUGGGCCAGCUGCUGGAGUUGGAGCAGAAUUUGCGCAAGAGUGGAGUCCUGGCGCCAACACCGCACCUGAACAGUCCCAGUAAUCCCUCGGGAUCUUCACUGGGAUCAUCGUGUACGCCAUCUAGUCAACUGGUGGAACAGCCGGACGAGGAGGAGAUCGAGGAGAAGCGGGAGCAGCGGGAUCGUGGCAAAUCCAAGUCGGAUAGCGAGGCCAUGGACGAGGAUGUGUACGACUACGAUGAUGUGGAUAGUGGCGCCGGCAGCCUGGCUGGCAGUAAUUGCUCCUCCCGGCUGACCUCUCCCCCGAUAACCCCGGAUGACGAAGCGCCCAGCACUUCGGCGGCAGCGUCCAGUUCGGAACUGGAUUCACCAAGCUCGACCAGCAGCAGUGGCAUCUGCUCCCUGCUCCAGUCCACCAGCUCAUCCGUAUCAUCCUGCGCAAUCAGCAAGCCAAAUCUGCUGUCGCCCACGAGGCAGUUGGCCCUAUUCAAGCGCAAUUCGCCCGCCAAACUGCGAUUGGAUCUGGAGUCCAGCUAUGCACCCGCGUCACCCAUCCCAAAGUCCUCGUCCUGGCUCUCGGUGCCAUCCACGCCCGUCUGCGAGGAGGCACCGGAGGGCAGGAUCAACCCCUUGGCCAGGAACUCGACGAGGGACUGAGAUAAGGUCCCCGCGAAGAGCCGCCGCCAACUAGCAGCUGUGAAAAGAAAGAAAAUGUACAGCCAAUUGCCACUUUCUUUAUGAUCAAAAUUAGAGCUGAUAAAAUUGUAUUUUUCUUCAAAAAUAUGUAGAAAAUGACCAAGUUUUUAAGUAUUUUAUAACUACUAAACUACUAAAACUAAAGAAUUUUUUACCUGGCUGAAAAAUAUGUAUUUUAUCAAAUCAAAAACGGCAAGAGGCCUGCUACUUCCUAUAGAAAAAGGUGAUGCUACAAUGGUAUAUCAAGCCACCUUUGCAACGUGUAAAUAAAAACGUUCAUAAACUGUACAUACAAACGUACCUAAAACAAAAAACAAGGGAAAGAAAUACCAAUUGCAGCUUAAACUACUUGCAAUACUUUUUAAGGCUUUUGUAAUGUAUUUCUUCUACGCAUCCCCUGAACCAACACAAAACAAAUACAACUAAAAUAAUCCAAAACAACCAACUGGAGAAAUUGUUUAAGAAAAAAGAAAACCUCGUAUAUGUUAAUUUAGUUUAAAUUUAGUCGUAAGCGAGUCUUAACUAUACCUAUACACACAUAAACUAUAUUAAACUUCACAUAGUAAAAUGAAAAUCCAAAAUGCACUGCAACUAUUUCUGCUGACUUGCCACACCAAACGAACCCUACCCUGUUCCCAAAAAAUAUGAGAAAAACCGCCAUAUACACAGCAAAGAUCUUAUCAAAACUGUUCUAAGUUUUAUCAAUCCGCUAUAGCCACACCUACACUCUAUAUACUUGCAUGUAAUUUAGUUACUUCUUGAAAGUGAGGAAAGUUUGUGUUUUCUAGUUUUAGUUAUUUAUAUGAAGCGAGCGCGUGAGAGGAUAAUGAAUGCGAUUUGAUUCAUUUGUAUUAGACCGUAAAUCUAAUAGGCUAAGAUACACCUAAAAAGUGUAACCCGUGUGUUAAGUAAACGGAAAUUAUAAUAGUAACCGAA